GAUCCGCGCCUGUCAACCCAACAUCAUGCCUUGGUUACUCUGCAGUAAAAGUAAAUAAAUGGACUAAAUAACUAGUUAAUAAAUAAUAAGGAAAUAGUCACAAUUCCCCACGAGCGCAUAUAGCUUAGUUCAACAUGUAGUUAAUUAUUAUUUAUCCUUUUGCAGCCAGCCAUCCAGCCAGCCAAGAAUGCGUCUUAUUUCCAACGCUAUUAACUUUAACAAUCCCCCAGCUGUCUUCUCCUCCUCCUCCCCCUAUUUUCGACGUACUAUGCGUAGCUCUCCCAUCCGCCUCAAAACUACAAACUUCUUCUUCUCUUCUUCCUUCUUCUCUUCUUAAUUCUAUCACCAAUCAAUCAAUCAAUCAAGCAAUCUCUCACAAUGCGUCUCGCCAUCACCGCCGCCGUCGCCUCUUCCCUCCUCGCGCUCGUCGCGGCCCAGGCUGGUGACCUCCCGAAAUGUGCUCAAGAGUGUGCUGGGCCCGCCAUCCCCGCCGACUGCGGCAUCGACCCCGAGUGCAUCUGCAAGGCCAAAUCCUUCAUCGACGCCAUCACCUGCUGUGUCGCCACCAAGUGCGACAAGGAUGAGCAGGAGAAGGCAAUAAGCAUCGCUAAAAUAACCUGCGCCGCCGUCGGCGUCACUGACCUCCCCGACGCCGCCGUCUGCGAUAGCGCCUCUUCCUCCGCCUCCGCCACCCCCUCCUCCCCUUCCUCCAAACCAACUGGCUCAACCGCCGGUCCCACCGCGUCGUCUGAGCCUACCAAGUCUGGAGCGGAGACCACCCCGACCGGCUCUCCUACUGGGUCUGGCACUGGUGCGCCACCCCCUGCGGGAACGGAGACGCCUGCUGCAGGUAACCGCGUCGGUGUGGCGACGGGAAUGGGGGUGGGGGUUGGGCUGGUUAUGGGGGUUUUGGGGGUGAUGUAAAUGGAGGUUGGUUGUGGAUUUGAGUUGAGGAUUUGAGUUGAGAGAGUGAGAGGAAGACCUCAAGAGUAUGGGUUGAGUAGCUGCUAGUGGUGUUUUUAUGACAUGUUCAAUAUACGGAUCAGUCCCCGUUUUGCGAUGUGAUAUGGGUGUUGGAUGUUGAUGGAGAUUGCAAUUUGUCUCCAGUUGUCUACCUGUAUAAUGGAUGGAGAUGGAAAUUGAGAUUGAGAUGGCAAUGGCGAUGGCGAUGGCGAUGGCUGUUAUAUCGAUUUACCAUACCUAAUUAAUUAUGUAAUGACAAUCACUCUGUUUCUAUAUAAAACUCAUCUUUCUUUUCCUUCUGGCCGCAUACAUCUAUACCUACUAUAAAUUCAC